GAAGAGUGACAUACAGGUGAUUCUUCAGGCUGGGCACGUACAGCGCAUGCGCGUCAUCCGAGUGCGCUCCAGCGAGUUUGAGCUGCUGCGCGUUUCAUUCCAGCCGCGUCCGUUUGACAUGAACACACGCGCGCUCACAACUGAAGAACGCGAUUUAAACAAGUUUCAGAAACUAUAGAAAGUUGUGCGUCAUCACGAAGCUCGAGAGAUUUUGUAAGAAUGGGCUGUUCGUCGUCCAGCACACAGACGCUCGCGCAGGAGAACCGACCGGGCGUCAAAGCGGAGGAGGCGAACGGAGAAACUCUGCUCGUAAUGGGAUUGUAGCAGAAGAAAGUGAGACCAUCUCAGAUCAGAUGCAGUUGCCAGUUCAAAGCACCCUUCUGGAUGAGAUGGGCCCAGGACCGGGAGAGGUGGUGGAUGAGAUUGAGGCCUCAGAACCAGAGCAGGCAACAGUCAGCAGUAGUGAUGCUGCUCUGGAGGUGGUAGAUCUGACAGACGUUCUUGCAGCAUCAAGUCCUGAAGUCCCUGCUGAGGAGCAGCCUGUACUUGACGUUGCUUCAGAACUUAUUGACACUACGGCUACAGAAACCACCCUAGACCCGGAACCAGCAUCAGAUCCAGUCCAGACACUGGUCCAGUUCACUCCCACUCCGGAACCCAAGCCUGCUGAGAUAAUGCCAGCUCCAGAAUUCCCAUCAGAAGUCCCAGACCCAAGCUCAGAAGCCACACCAGAGAAAGCUAAUGCAGCAACUGAAGCUGUGCCAGUGGAACCAAGCCCAGCUCUAGAAUCAACUCCAGCUCCAGAACCCACACCAGUGGAACCAACUCCAGCUCCAGAACCAGCUCCAGUGGAACCAAGCCCAGCUCUAGAACCAACUCUAGCUCCAGAACCUACUCCAAUGGAACCAACUCCAGCUCCAGAACCAGCUCCAGUGGAACCAAGCCCAGCUCUAGAACCAACUCCAGCUCUAGAACCAACUCCAGCUCCAGAACCCACACCAGUAGAACCAACUACAGCUCCAGAACCAGAUCCAGUGGAACCAAGCCCAGCUCUAGAACCAACUCUAGCUCUAGAACCAGCUCCAGUGGAACCAACUCCAGCUCCAGAACCAGCUCCAGUGGAACCAAUCCCUGUUCCAGAACUCACUCCAUCUGAGCCAAUCCUGAGUGCAGAAUCAGCUCCUGCUGAGGACCCAACUGCAUCUCCAGAACCCGCUCCAGUGGGACCAAGCCCAGCUCUAGAAGCAGCUCCAGCUGUAGAGCCCACACCAGAAGAACCGAGUCCAGCAGUUGAGGCAGUAGCUGCAGAGGAGAAUGUGAUCUGUGCAGCCGCCCCAGAGGGGGCGGCCGUUGAAGCUUCCCAGCCUGACAGUGAGGAGAUCGCAGCGGAUGCAGCUGGUGAGACGCUCCUGCAGGGGGUCAGAGUGGUGGGAGAAGAUGGAGCUGAUCUGCUGAAAUCCACAGAAGCUGAAGGUUGAUGUCAACGCCCUCACGCACACACAGCCAAACUCAGAUCCAGAGAAGUCAUGUGCCUUUUGUCAGCAGCCUUUGAGUGUUUGGGUACAAGUUUGUACAUAAAUUAGUGUUUCUAAGUAGCAUUAGCAGCAUUGUUAAUAGACAACAGCAAUAUAUCUUAACUCAUCUGAACGAACAUGAGCCAAAGCUCUAAUAACUGUGAAUCAACCAAAUUAUGCUUAAUAAUGUGCCUUUUAAUGGGUCCGAAGGGUUUCGUCUCUUUUAUGUAUUUAGUGCUUUUUGCACAUCAGAGUUUCUGCUGCAGAUGCAAAGCAGUUUGACUCUUCACAUGCAUUAAUCAAUGAUGGCAAACGGUAGUGUAUUAAUCAAUAGAGUAUGUUAUUUUAGUACUGUUGUUUGUGGUGAUUGAUGGUUACACUUAAACUCCAGAUCACUAAUGAACCUCAUCUGAUCAGCUUUAAACUGACGCUUUAAAUCUUUGAAGGAAAGCGGUCACUCACUCGCUGAAUCAUAUCAGUGUAAAUGUGAAAGUUUAGCUGCUCUUUAUAAAAACUUUGAUACGUAGAGCUUUUAUUGAACUGUGAUCUCUCCGCACAUAUCCUGUGUGUCUUUUUAUACAUUUAUAUGUGCACAGAAUAAAUGAUGUUACUAAUAAUA